ACGAAACUUGAAGAAGCAAGGAAAAGCCGAGCAUACGAGCUGGUUAUACACAGGUUUCAGUAAAUAUCUUGAGGAGCUGCCUGUAGAGGACAGAGCACACGAACACUCGAGGUGGAGGCAGCGAGGGAAGCGAACGGGCAAAUCCUUGACAUCCAAGGCCGGCCUGGACGCAUACACAUCCCUAAGAUGUGAUUUCAAAAAUGGCGGAUUGCCCCUAUGCCCGCUGCAUACAGGAACGAAAACACAUUCGCCGGGAACUUCUGCGAUGGACAAAGAAUAUGGUCUUCGUAGUCGGUCUGGAGCGGGUUGCGGAGGAGUUGAUGGGCCGUAGGAGAUGGAAACAAUAUCAGGACACCCUGUACACCGGCACUCGCAACAUCGACAGCACGUCUACUGUGGUGAGUCCACACCACCAGCAACAGCUUCAACUACAGCUUCAGCAGCUGGCGCAAGUGCAGCAAGCGAAGCCGGUGGACUCUCCGAGUCAGCCGCUAAAGACGAAUUUAGCAAAUCAGCAGCGGGUGGUCGCAGCCGCUGCCAACUGUACUGGCGAGCGUUCGCCUCGACGACCGGAAGAGACGACGGACGCGGCCACGAGCGGCCCGCAGAACGGCCGACUCACCGAGAGUGCCCGGGAGAACGGGGCUGCUUUAGGCGAAAACGGUCCAACGACGCGCAAGCUCGAGAGCGAGGAAGUGCCUCUCGAGGACGGGCGGACGAGCCUCGACGGACCCGAAGACGAGGAGCUCGAGUCAACGACCCAAAGGAUCAAGAGAGAGCGUCUUGACGAGAGGAUAAGGCUGAGUCCUCUGAGAGAGUCCGAGGAGCGCUCGGACAAGAUCAACGACACUGAAGGGACCAAGGAAGUGAAGGACGAAGUAGGAUUGGAGAAGGUUCAAGGGACGCAGGGCCUAUUAAGGGUGAAGAAGGAAGAGGAGCUACAGGAAACGCCAGGUCCUGGGGAUGGAUUAAACUGCCAGAGUAGACCAACUUCGACGCCGAUUAGCAAUAACAAUAACGGUGUGUGUGUGGAGACGCGCAGCUCCUCUACACCUCCGAAGAAAGAAGUAAUAUUCUGCUCGCCCUCGUAUGUCUUGGGACGUCGAUUAAGUCCACCACCCGAGGACUGGAAACCGUUGGAUAAGUGUUACUUUUGUCUCGAUGGCAAGUUGCCGCACGACGAACAGCCACCUCUUAGUCCACAAAGCGACAGUAGCAAUAGUUCGCGAUCGGCAGAGUCACCCAUGUCGGUCCAAGUUGAUCCUAUGGCUGCAUCUGUGGUAGCAGCAGCCCUUAGUAGCACGUAUCCGACGUUGCUACCACAAUGGUGUUUACCGCCCAGGGAACAGCCUCACGUCGUUCAACAGCAACAGCAACAACAGCAGCAGCAACAACAACAAGAGAAUUCUGGCAUCGAUCAGCCCCUCGAUCUUUCCUCAAAGCCUAAAAAUUCUCAGGAUAACAACAUAUCUAUAUUGGAGCAACAAAAAAUACCUCUACGAAUGACGGCAGCCAUCGAUCCAAAAACUAUUUUCAACAGCACCUGCUACAGGGCGAAGCCUCGAGUAACGGGUGGGAUGACAGCGGCCGGGGUCCCUAUUGUCGGGAGCGGUGGUGGAGGACGUCGAACCUAUACCGAGGACGAGCUUCAGGCAGCCCUACGUGACAUUCAGAGUGGCAAACUCGGCACCCGAAGAGCGGCAGUCCUCUAUGGCAUACCCCGCAGCACACUGCGAAACAAGGUCUACAAACUUGCAAUGGAACGUGAGAGGGAUGCGUCCCUCUCGUCUGGCACCAACGCCAUCAACAGCACUCAAUCACAUAAUGAGGUGGUGGGGGCAACGGGGGCGGCCAAUAGUAAUACGCACGGGUCGAAUACUGCCUCCAGGGCGACGGAUGCUUCGAUAGCCACCACCAUCGCCGCUAUCACAACCACAACCACCACCACCAUCACCACAACAAAUACGAACCGACAGAAUGCCCUUGUGGCUACUCUACAGGUCGACGAGGUGGACGAUAAGGAGCUAUCGGGUGCAGAAGAAGAGAAGGAAGUAGAGAAAGCCUUGCUGAAACCCUUACUAUCACUCGAGGAUCUCGUGAGGUUUUCCAGUCUUGAGGGUAGUGGCGGUGAUUCACUGAGGACUCUAUUGCAACGCGGCCAGGAAAGUGGAGCCACUGAGUGGUCAGCCUUCGAACAUGCCAAUAUUGGACCCUACAUACAAAAGAUGUUGGCAGCUGCUGCUCCGUUUAAAGGAAUGGAAACACAAGACUACAGAAUUCCAGAGGUUAUGCGUCGGUUAAUGUGUGAAGAUAAAAAGCUUAGCAAGGAAGCUGUCAUUAAUGGCGACCAGGUACAUCUUCAUCAUGUUUCGCUGCAGCAUCGUCUUCCACAGUCGGGCCAACGACCACCGAUGACAAAUGAUGAUUUCAAUCCGGCAAUUGAGGAGGAGGCGAGCGACAGCGGCCAAGGCCGGCCCAUACUAAAAAUUCCGUCCUACAAACCGGCGGGCAACGCCCCAGGUCCGAGCAAGAACGGCACCGAGCCAAGCACAGUGGCAUUCUCCCAGGGUUUCAACACGGUUCCGGGCAGUCCAGCACUCCACGAGCGUGCGAGUCCUGCCUUCUCUGGUACCAGUUCGCCAACUAACUCCCUCGUCGGCAAGAGCAUGGUCGUCAACUUCCGCGACGUUAUCGCUAAAAGUAUCAGCGUCAAAUUUCAAGAAGGACAGACAACUACGGGCAUCCCAUCUCAAGGAGCGCCAGUGGGCCAGUCAAUGAUCACCGAAUCGAAUCCUUACAAAAGAGGCCGAUACACACCACCACAACAGUCCCAGCAAGGUACGGGUGGUCAAUCGCAGCAAUCGAAAACCGGGGCUCAGUCCCAGGAUAAGCAGCAGAAUAAACCCAAUACGGGAGGCAAAGGUACGAGGCCGAAACGCGGUAAAUACCGCAACUACGACAGAGACAGUCUCGUCGAGGCCGUGCGGGCCGUGCAAAGAGGCGAGAUGAGUGUGCACAGAGCCGGCAGCUACUAUGGCGUUCCACAUUCUACACUCGAGUACAAAGUCAAGGAGCGGCACCUCAUGAGGCCACGGAAAAGGGAUCAAAAGCAGCCGGAGGACAAAACAAAAGAGGUAACGACGGCCACGAGUUCGACGCUGCGCACUACCGUACCGACGACACCGGACAAGAAACCGCUCCUUAAAACUCCCCAAAAGCCGUUCGCACCUGCAACCGGCAGCGCUGGUCUACCCGGACCGAACGGCCUCAAGAUACCGCCCUUCAUAGACGGCAUGCCGCAUUUACCAUUUGCCCAUCCCUUCAAUUUUUGGGGCCCAACGCCCUUCAUGCCCUCGCCCUUUAUUCCAGGAGGACCCAACGUCCCAGGCAUUAUACCGGAACAGUACUUUGCCACUCAGCGUAUGCGAGGCCUUCAGGAGCAGCAACGUAAUGCCAUCGUUCAGCAGCAGCAACACGAUGGUGCACCAACCGAACAGCCAGGCACAUCAAAUCCUCGAAGCGCCUCGAUGAUAAAAUCACCCCGUGAGAUGGCUGAAAGUCUAUACGAUGGUACAGCAGCCAAUGGUAGCUUCCUUGAUAAUCUGAUAAGAUCCAGUCUCGAGUCGGGUAUACCACGAGAGCGUGCCAUUGCAGAGGCACGGAGCAAUGCCGCUCAACAGCACCAGCAGCAGCCGUCAUCUCAACAACAUUCCGAAAACUUAAGCAAUAGCAAGGUGUUGAUCGAUCAGUUGUGCAGGAACUCGAGACGCACGCCACUACCACGAACGGGCCAACAGGACAGUAGCGAGGACGAAUCGCCGAACUACAAAUCAGCCUCCCAGCAAAGACCUCUUCCCGAACGACCUGAGCGAGUACCUACUGUCGAUCUUAGUCCAUCGCCCUCGGAGCGAGCGAGAGCCAUAGAUGAAAGCAGCGAUAGAGGCCUCACCUCACCGCCUACGCCGCUUUCCCUCUCAAGGCUCAGUGGUUCCGGCAGGGAGGACGAAACCACCCGGGACUCAAGGAGUAGUCGAGAACGCGAGGUACAAAAUGGUGGCGGUAGUGAGAAGACAGAGGAUCGCCCAGAAAUGAACAACAAAAAGUUGAACCACUACUCGGAUAUACACAACCUCUAUGCCGUAUCAACUGACAAAAAAAGUGCCUGUGAUAGUAAACUUGUAAUAGAUCAUUCAAACCAGAAGACUCAACAACAUAAGGAUUACGCGGCUGGGACUGGUGACUUGGUGGUACAGCUGCAGCGCGGCUACAGCAACUCCACUACAUCUCCUGUCAUCGUCACGGCCACCGGUAAUGGCUGCUCGGAUAUACCAAACAAUCAGCUGCAAACAUCGUUACAACAAGCGACACCGCAGGAGCGAGUAUCCUCGCCAAGUCCACAGCCGACGAUGAUGGAAGAAUCGGUAGAGCAGUAGAGACAGAGAGAGGGGGGAUACAGAGAGAAAGAGAGAGAGAGAGAGAGAGAGAGAGAGAGAGAAGAGAGAAAAUGAGAGAAUGUCUGUCUCUAAACGAUACGAUAAUGGAACGGAGAUAUAUAAGUACUACUGUUAUACGCUUAAUGAUAUAAUUGAGGGGGCGGUGAGAAGUAAGAAUUAUAACUGAUCGCGCGCUGUUUCUAAAUACACUCAAUACGUUCUUUUAAAAUUUAGAAGAAGGAAAUUUAUACAUCGGUAGAUAAAUUAUUAAAAUGAAAGAAGAUGAUCAUGUGACCCUUCUGUUCAUGCUGUUACAGAAGCUCAUGGAUUAUGCAUCCAUAGAUACAUACGUACAUGAAAACGUGACACUCCUAUUCAUGUCCAUCGACUUCUUCUUGACAUAAAACUCUGUAUAAUUCAUUUAGAGAUCUGCAAAGUCGUGUAUAUAAUGCACACGUCAAAGGAUAUAAAUUUUCAAGCUAAAAAUUGAUGCAAAUUAGCCGAGAUUCCUUUCUUUGGAGUCAACUAAUAUUUUUACACUACCUUUUCUAGAACA